CUUCCCCCUCUCUUUCUUAUAUUUGCCAGCCACUAUGUGCGACCCGGCCAAUACUGGGGCGGACUGGCGUUGUUCAAGCUCAACGACUAACUCAUUCCAAGAGAUGCCUGAAUGGGAUCAAUAUGCGCAACGUAUUUAUCAGCUGGGAAUCAACCACGGCCUAUGCGACAGCAACCAAGGCGCGGCAUACCCUCAACCGAUAAUAAAUCCUGCCCACAGAUACGGUCCCGUACCCUGCGACGCGGGACCUAAGGAGCUAGGCAACCUACCAAAUUCUGCUAUGCCACAACAUUACCAAUAUCUCCAGGCUACCCAGGCCACCCAAGCUCCCCAGACUGCCCAAGUUCCUCUAGUUCCGCUAGCUACCCAAGCUACCCAAGCUGCCCAAUCUGCCCAAGUUCCUCGAGUUCUGCAAGCUACCCAUAUUCUCCAAGCUACUCAAGCUGCACAAGCCACCCAUAUUACAUCGCAGCCGUUUUUGGGCCACGCGCAGGCGAACAUGCCAAUAAACAGGGCGAUGCAACCCAGUUUAUAUCCUCAACCCAUGAUGCAACCGACUCCCAUCAGUGCUGCUAAACGGGGACAUGUACACUCCUUGGUGACUAUGGACAAUCAUGAAUGGAACACCUACGGUAAUUAUUUCUCAAACGCGCAACCGCAGUUGACUGCCCAAUCCUCCGACCUUCAAUGUAGCGGAGGCUAUCCGGUCCACCAACCAGUCACUAAUAAUAUGCACUACGGAUCCGGUGUUCCGAAGUUGGAGGGACGCUCUGCGGCAACUUACGGUGGCCGGAUAAUGGACGAACCCACUCCAGUAAAACUGCUCGUGAAACCCGUAACGACUAGAGUUGAACCCGCUGGUGCCAUUGCCUCAUUGAAACGAGCUGCAGUAUCCCGGCCGAAUGCGCCUAGGCAUAGGCCGGCACCUAACCUGACGAAAUUAACCAACGAGCAUAGGGUCAGAAAACGCAGAAUAAGGAACGACUCUCCCUUGAACCGUUGCAAACCAGAUAUGCGCUUCCCCGGUGCAGAUGUGUUAACACCAGAAAAUGAAUGUGCUGUUAGCGAUGGCUCACCGCAGGUUGAAACUGAUAGUAAGAAUCAGGUUUACUAUUUGGAUCGUGACGACUAUACAGUCCUUUCCCACGGCGCUGAGAUAUACUUUUAGAUGGGUAUGACGACAACGGGGGCGAGCGAAAAUGAUGAUUCGUUAGGUCGCAAUUCCUCCCUUGCCAAUUCUCCCUGCGACGGUUCUUUUAGCAGUGUUGCACUUCCGACCCAUUGGUAUUUACUGCGCCCAUGCCACACUGUAUGCUACCAGGUAGGUAAUCUCCUAAUUGCCCCUGGUAUGGCCCAACCAGGUGCUGUGGGGUCAGGAACAGGACUGUGCGGUAUUUUCUGAGGCUAUUUUGGUGAUGGUUUCCACAAAAACAUGGAAUGUUAUCUCUUAUGUUUCAACAUUCGUUCUGCUCCUGUUGUUCCCUGUGCUGUUUGGAUUGGAUAUGCGAUAACCAUGUUCCUCACUUUUUUUGCUUUACAAUUGUUUUUCAUACUCCGUUGCUUGUAUUGAUAGAGAGAUAGAAAUAUCGAAUUCGCUUCCAAAUCCUACCCAGCAGUGUAAAUGGCAAUAUGCCGUUUUCUGAGAGGUUUAUUUUGGGGCGUGGUUAAUUCUCAUUCACUGGAUGCAAACUUCUGUCAGGUUGUUGGCACCAGGGAGAUUGUCUGCGAAAACACAAAUAAUAGCUAGAAUAUUCACGUAUUCGCAGGAUCUUUAAUAUCAUUCAG